UGUGAACAGUCCAUCGUUUAACACUUUUACUCUGGAAGAACAGAAUUGAACGGCUAGUAGUACUAAACCAAAGCAAAGCAGAGCGAUUUUUUCGCCCAAGGAAGCGGGGAUGUUAUGAACUUUUAGCACUCCUGUCAACACUAAAACCACAGAAUGUCUUUCUGCCACAAGUUUGCUUCGCGUCUUCUCCGCCAAAGAAAGACAGGACAAUUUGAUAGCGAUUCCACUCUUCGAAGAUGCAUGAGUACUCUCGACUUAACGGCUCUCGGCGUAGGAACAGUUGUAGGAGCAGGAUUGUAUGUUGUGACUGGAGAGCUCGCUCGAGAUGUUGCUGGUCCAGCAGUAAUCAUUUCAUUCCUAAUUGCGUCAUUUGCAGCCUUCCUGUCCGGCCUUUGCUAUGCAGAAUUUGGCUCCCGUAUUCCUAAAGCCGGRUCUGCCUAUAUCUACACGUAUGUAGCACUUGGCGAGUUUCUUGCGUUCGUAGUUGGAUGGAAUAUGAUUCUUGAGUAUUUGAUAGCAGCGGCCUCGCUCGCUCGCUCUUGCAGUGAGUACAUCAACUCAAUUGCCGGUGGAAUCAUUUACGAGUCUUUCCAGAAUGACAUCGCAAGCUGGCAUGUUCCUUUUCUGGGACCGUUCCCUGAUUUUCUAGCCUUGGGAAUUGCUUUAUUAGUAACAAUAAUAGUUUGUCUUGGUGUCAGACAGUCUUCACUGUUCAAUAAACUUACUACAUUUGUGAACUUUACAGUCAUCGCUUUUAUUGUCAUAUCAGGAGUUUAUUUCAUGGAUGUUAGUAACUGGUCUUCGGCGUCUAAAUUCGCUCCAUAUGGAGUCGGUGGAAUCCUUACAGCGGCUGGCAGUGCCUUCUACGCUUUUGUUGGCUUUGAUGCCAUUGCCACGGCAGGAGAAGAAGCUAUCAAUCCAAGGCGUUCACUUCCUUUCUCCAUAAUUCUUUGCCUCGCCAUUAGUUUUUUAGCCUACUUUGGCGUCGCUGCCGUCUUGACACUUUUAAUUCCAUACGACAAACUCAGCAAGUUUGCCCCCUUGGCGGAAGCUUUCGCAACUCGAGGUUUUCCCGCCGCAAAGUAUGUAAUAUCAGUUGGAGCCAUCUGUGCUACCGUCUGCUGCCUGAUGUGCAACAGCUUUGCAGCUCCGAGGGUUGUUUAUUCCAUGGCAUCUGAUGGCUUGUUGUUUCGAUUCUUUGCUAAAGUCAACGAGAGAACCCAGGUUCCUAUUCGUGCAGCAGYGUGCGAUUUCCUUCUCAUUGGGACUCUAGCUGUUCUUCUGGAUGUAGGACAACUCGUGGAAAUGUUGUCUAUAGGAACGCUCACUGCAUAUUCUUUUGUCGCUAUUGGUGUAAUGUUAACAAGGUACCAACCAAAUGUUUAUAGUGUCACUGUGGAAGAAGAUGCCGGACCGUCGAACAGAAGGUGGCUGAAGAAAUUGUGCUGCGCAAAGGAGGAUGAAAAGGGACAGCCAGAAGUUGAGUAUAAAGAACUUCAGAGGGUGGACAAGAUUGACACUGAUGACGAAACAGCUUCAUCCACGUUUUCCCAUGCAGAGCCAAACUCGGAAACAUUUUGCCGGGCUUCCAUCGCAACAGCGACACUUGUCCUUGGUGUCUUUGGUCUUUCCCUAACACUAACACUCGGUUAUCCAAGCUUGCACGCAAAAGAGGCCUGGGCAAUAGCUUUGACUUGCGCAUUCGGUCUCGUCAUAAUUUUAUCAUGGAUGGUUYUGGAGCGACAGCCGAGGAGCAAUGCAACUUUUCCAUUUAUGGUUCCAGGAUGUCCAUAUAUUCCUAGUUUGUCAUUAUAUAUCAAUGUUAUGCUGUUAGUAAAGCUGAAGUACUGGACGUACGUGCGAUUUGGUGUUUGGCUAGUUAUUGGUCUCCUUAUAUAUGGUUUCUAUGGUUAUAGACAUAGCUUGGAGGGAUUGGAAUCUACGGAUGAUGGCAGUGACUACAUUAUCUCGCCAACGCCACCGAUUGAGCAAAGAGUGCAGGAACUACAGCCYUCGGAUGAUAAUUAA